AUGGUCACUGAGGUGAGCAGGAGGCCGGAGGCCGAGGGCCAGUCCGGUGAUGGCUACAGCCCUAGACCAGGGUCCAGUGAUGACUGCAGCCCCCGACCAGAGUCUAGUGAUGGCUCCAGGCUUCGACCAGAGUCCAGUGAUGGCUCCAGCCCUAGAUCAGAGUCCAGUGAUGGCUCCAGGGCCCGACCAGUGUCCAGUGAUGGCUCCAGCCCUAGACCAGAGUCCAGUGAUGGCUCCAGCCCCCGACCAGUGUUCAUUGAUGGCUCCAACCCCCGACCAGAGUCCAGUGAUGGUUCCAGCCCCCGACCAGUGUUCAUUGAUGGCUCCAACCCCCGACCAGAGUCCAGUGAUGGCUCCAGCCCCAGACCAGAGUCCAGUGAUGGCUCCAGCCUUAGACCAGAGUCCAGUGAUGGCUCCAGCCCCGACCAGAGUCCAGUGAUGGCUCCAGCCCUAGACCAGAGUCCAGUGAUGGCUCCAGCCCUAGAUCAGAGUCCAGCCCGACCAGAGUCCAGUGAUGGCUCCAGCCCUAGAUCAGAGUCCAGUGAUGGCUCCAGCCCUAGACCAGAGUCCAGUGAUGGCUCCAGCCCUAGACCAGAGUCCAGUGAUGGCUCCAGCCCUAGACCAGAGUCUAGUGAUGGCUCCAGGCUUCGACCAGAGUCCAGUGAUGGCUCCAGCCCUAGAUCAGAGUCCAGUGAUGGCUCCAGGGCCCGACCAGUGUCCAGUGAUGGCUCCAGCCCUAGACCAGGGUCCAGUGAUGACUGCAGCCCCCGACCAGAGUCUAGUGAUGGCUCCAGGCUUCGACCAGAGUCCAGUGAUGGCUCCAGCCCUAGAUCAGAGUCCAGUGAUGGCUCCAGGGCCCGACCAGUGUCCAGUGAUGGCUCCAGCCCUAGACCAGAGUCCAGUGAUGGCUCCAGCCCCAGACCAGAGUCCAGUUAUGGCUCCAGCCCUAAACCAGAAUCCAGUGAUGGCUCCAGCCCUAGACCAGAGUCCAGUGAUGGCUCCAGGCCCCGACCAGAGUCCAGUGAUGGUUCCAGCCCCCGACCAGUGUUCAUUGAUGGCUCCAACCCCAGACCAGAGUCCAGUGAUGGCUCCAGCCCUAGACCGGAGUCCAGUGAUGGCUCCAGCCCCGACCAGAGUCCAGUGAUGGCUCCAGCCCUAGACCAGAGUCCAGUGAUGGCUCCAGCCCCAGACUAG